GUCGCAUGCACACUACCAUACCACUUGAAGAGCCGGUUGACGGGUUCAUUCCUUUUCCUUUUUUUUUUCAUUUACAUUUGCGAGACGUGUGGGGACGGCGAGACAGACACUAAAGACCGUCGUGUUGUCGUCUACUGUUUCCACAUCCAGAGCAACACCAACAACAAGACCCCUUCUCCCCCUUCCGCACGCACAAAAAUAGUAAUAGUUAGAGAGGCUGCACACCACAACCUUACAGGGUUUUUUUUUUCCUUUUACAUUUUGCACUUGCAAGUUUCUACCCACUUCAUUAUUACGUGUAGACGCUUGUAUAUACAUACACUUCGUUGCUGAUUGGCCGCAACGCAACGGGGGCUCCCCCACUUACAUUAGUCACGUUGAUCUUUGUUUUGUCAGAGUCACACACGCACACGCACACGCACGAUUGCAGGAAGCAAAGAAGUAAAAAGGAAAAACAAAACUGUAAUACCUCGGCGCCGUUUUAGACACGAUGAGUAUUGAAGUUCACGUGCGCAUCCGCCCUUCGGUGGGCAACAUCGUCUGGUCCAGCGCAGAAACAGUGCUGUACAGCACCGCCAACCCCAACACCCGCUACGUCUACAACAAGGUGCACCCGAGCAACAGCACCAAUGCUCUCAUUUUUCGAGAGAUGGAAGCCAUCGUGCACGCGGGCUUCGACGGCAAGAACGUGACGGUGAUGGCGUAUGGGCAGACCGGCAGCGGCAAAACCCACAGCAUGAUCGGCGUGGACGACGACCCCGGCAUCGUGCCACGAGCCGCCAAGCUUCUCCUGGAGCUGAAGCGCAACUCCCCCGGCACCACCAUCAAGGCUUUCUACACGGAGAUCUAUAACGAGACGGUGCGAGACUUGUUAGACACGAACCAGACGGAGUUAGCCCUGCACGAUGCCCCUGACGGAGGAGUCGCCUUUGAAAAGAAAAUGAUCGACGUGCAGUCCUACGAAGACUUUCUCAAGCUGCAGAAUGCGGCGGAGCGGAACCGCAAGUACGGCGUCACGAACCUGAACGAGCACAGCAGUCGCUCCCACAUCAUCUUGACCUUUGAGAUACACCGCGUGAACCGCCUCGGCAAGACAGUGAUCAACCUGGUCGACCUCGCCGGCUCGGAGUCCGCGUCGCGCGCCAACACGGAGGGUCUCUCCCUACGCGAGGGCGGCUACAUCAACCGUAGUCUGCUGACGCUCGGCAACGUUGUGGAUGCCAUCGUAGAAAAACGCCCUUAUGUGCCCUACCGCGAUGCGAAGCUCACGCGCAUCCUGCGCACCUGUCUGGGUGGGGUGGGCAUCACGUUCAUUCUCUGCUGCGUCAACCCCUCGCGCGAGAACUUUGACCAGACGGUGGCGACCCUGCGGUUCACGCAGCGGGCCAUGAAGAUCAAGAACGAUCCGGUGGUGCUGUUGAACAUUCCGCCCUUCUUCACGCAUCAGUACAGCGACGGCGCACGGCAGCUUAUCGAGGGACUAAAAGAGUCGGCGGAGGCGGAGUACCAGCGGGGACUGCAGGACUCCUACUUCUACUGCAACACCACGGUCGGCUCGGUGGUGGGCAACUACCACACGCAGGUCUCCGACUGCUUGCACUCCCUCGCCAACGGGCAGCGGCUGCUCGUGGCGCACGACCACGCUAUGGCGAUUGACCAUAUCGGCCGCCUGUACAACCAACUAAACGACCUCACGCGACAGCGCACCAAGAACAAGGAGUUGGCGGAAAACGAGCGGAAACGGCAGGGCGAUAUCACCACGGAGCGCGAGAGCCGAAAGGUGAAGAUCGCCAAAUUUGAAGAGGAGCUGAACGCGAAGCUGGCCGCGGUGGACGCGGACAUGGCCAACUGGGAGUACCAGCUCUACGACGCACGGCAGAAGCAGCGCAGCGACGUGGAUGUGCUGCUUCAGUCGGAGCUCGCGCGACGGGCGCGGAUUCAGUACGAGUGGGCGGUGUGCUUUGAGCGGGUCGCCUCUCGCUUUGUUCCCGUUCUGCGAAAUGGCUUGACAGCGCUCAAGGAAAAGCUGAUUCAGUCCACCGCGGCAGACGGAGAGGCUGGGUCAGCCGCCCUGCCUGUCGUGCUGCUCUCGCAGGAGGACGACAGCAGCCGACUCGCGCUGCAGCUGAAGGAGCUGCGGGUGGCGCUGGUGAAAGCGCGGGAUGAGGUGGCUGAUCUCGAGACGGCCCACGAGAUGGUGCGUGACGACAUCGAAGAGGCGAAGCGGCAGCAGCAGCAGCAAUGCCAAGACAUGCGGAGUUCUGCCUCGGUGUCACCGCAGCCGCGGCCAAAUCUGGCCGACAUGACCGAGGAAGAACUCAUCACCUACUACCGCGGCGUCCCUGACAGUGACGUAGAGGAGCGCAUUCAUCGAUUAGAACGAGAGGAGAAGGCACUGAUGGCACAGGCGCGACGCGGGGUGCGUCGGGAGAGCCUGCGCCGGGUGCGUGAGAGUCUGCGUGUGUCGCGCGGCAGCCACGGCAGUAGUCGUUCCCCACAAGGAGCAGGUGGCGGCGGCGUGACCAUCACCCGCCGACCCGAUCUCGAUGCCACGGCAGGGGGGACGUCGUCAAACACUACGACUACAGCAAGUCAGCAGCAACAGAAGCAGCAGCGUGGGCGCGGCGAUGCAGAGAGCCGUGCGAUGGAGUCGCACGCGCAGGUGGAGGCGCGCGGGCGGCGCAGCUCCACAAGUUACGCGGAUGGCGUAAAAAACGCGCUGUCCAUUCUGGAUAGCCUCAAGGCACAGCUGCAACGUAAGGUCGGCGGCAUCGCAGCUGGUGGUGGUGGUGGUGGCCACGCUUCCCCCACCGUUGCCUCUGCGAGCCGUAGUCAACAGAGUCGGCUGCAGCGGCAGGAGUCUGCGACGUCCACGCAGCGGCACCGCAGCACCAGCGGCAACAGCGACGGGCGGAGGCGACGAGGCGGGAAGACGGGCACGAAUGUCGAGGAGACGGCGGUCUAUCACGACCCGGAAGGAAGGGAGGCAGAGGCGGAGGGGCCCGCAGACGCCGUCGGUUCGUCGGACCGCCCUCAUGGACGCCAACGAGACGCCUCGGCUCGUCACCGCUCCAGCCCGCCGCGGACAACGGGCAACGCCGGGGCGGCCCAUAAGCGGCCGGCGGCGGCACCCAACGCAAGCGAUUCCGUGGACUCAGAGAACAUGACUCUCGCCGAGCUGUAUCAGGCCUCCGUGGGGAAGGAGAAUUGGAGUCGGUCGAAGCCGACCGGUGCGGCGCGACCGACGAACAAGUACACCGUGAUUGAGGCGGACAACGCUGCCUUUGACGUGGAUGGUGAGGAAAUCUACGAGGCGUACGCAGGCGGCGACGUCGAUGAUCGCCAUCUUACGAGCUCAACCCCGGUGGGGAUUGCGGCGAGACGGAAGAUGGAGCGGCAGCAUUCGCGACCCGCAGUGGAGCGUGCACUGUACUCGCUCAACUCGAAUUCGCACUCCCCCUCGGCCUCCGUGGAGCGUCGUAGCCGUUCGCGGCGCGCAUAG